AUGAACCGCCCGAUUCGACGACGCAACCUGGAGGUCCUUGCAGCGGACCUAGGUGCCGAUCUGGCCAUUCUGCUUGCGUCCCCACCGAAGCAUAAGCCUUGGACACCGCCAAUGGCGAUUGCCGAGUCAGCAGCACUGGUGGCCAAGAAAGCACGCACGGACCCACCCAAGCCGAGCGUCGCCAGCACAGCGAAAACAGCCAAGUCGACUCCACAGCGCACGGAAUGGACUCCCGUAGCACGCACCAAGGGGAAGCGCACUGCGGACACUACGGUCAAAAUCUCACCACGUACGUGGGAAACAAAGGGCUUCUAUGGCGCGCUAGCAAACUCCAUGAAGCUCAAGAUCACCAAGACGACCUCUGUCGUCGAUUCCAGCCCGUAA